CUACCGCCGCCCGCGCCGGUCCCUGUGCCGUGAAUGGGGCUGAGCGUAGCGGCGCGGCUUUAUCCCGUCUAUUUUUUUCCCCUUUCUUUUCUCUCAUCCCCUUCCCGUUUCUCUCCGUUUUUUCCCCCGCAGUCCUUCCACCCUGCGGCCGUGGCGAAAGUGCGGCGGCGGAGGUGCAGGCUGUUGCGGUGCUGGCGCGCGGCGGUGGUUCUGCUCCGUUAACCGGCGCCUCCGCCCCGUCCGGUAGCGGCCCCUCAGCACCGGGCGAUGCCCCCGGGGCGGCGGUGAGGAGGGAGAGCUCCGCCAUGGAGGCCCCGGUGGAGGGCUGCGAACCGGCGGCCUCCCUCCCCGAGCCCGGUAACGGCGAGACCCCGCCGCCCCUUGAGGCCUCCCCGUCCGAGGGGGUUCGGGGCACCGAGGACGGGAGGUUACGACCCGGCGCGAAGCGGGUGACGUUCCCCUCCGACGAGGACAUCGUCUCCGGGGCGGUGGAGCCCAAAGACCCCUGGAGAUACGCCCAGAACGUGACCGUCGAUGAAAUCAUGACGGCCUACAAGCAAGCCUGCCAGAAGCUGAACUGCAAGCAGAUACCCAAACUACUGAAGCAGAUACAGGAAUUUAAAGAUCUGGUUCCCAGGAUAGACUGCUUAGAUCUGAAAGGGGAGAAGCUGGAUUACAAAGCCUGUGAGGCGCUGGAAGAAAUUUUCAAGCGGGUCCAAUUCAAAAUUGUUGAUUUGGAGCAAACAAGCUUGGAUGAAGACCCUGCCUUUGUUUUGCAGGGUGCCUCGGCGUUAUUUGACAUGAUCGAGUACUACGAGUCGGCGACGCACCUCAACAUCUCCUUUAACAAACACAUCGGCACCCGAGGCUGGCAGGCAGCUGCCCACAUGAUGAGGAAGAUGAAUUGCCUGCAGUACCUGGAUGCCCGAAACACGUCCUUGCUGGACCACUCGGCCCCCUUCGUGGCACGUGCCCUGCGAAUCAGCAGCAGCCUGGUUGUCCUGCACCUGGAGAACGCCAGCCUCUCGGGCCGCCCGCUCAUGCUGCUGGCCACGGCUCUGAAGAUGAACAUGAACUUGCGGGAGCUGUACCUGGCCGAUAACAAGCUGAACGGGCUGCAGGACUCGGCUCAGCUCGGCAACCUGCUGAAGUUCAACUGCUACAUACAGAUCCUCGACCUGAGGAACAACCACAUCCUGGACUCAGGCUUGGCGUACAUCUGCGAAGGGCUGAAGGAGCAGCGGAAAGGGCUGGUCACUCUGGUGUUGUGGAACAACCAGCUGACUCACACCGGCAUGGCCUAUCUGGGGAUGACGCUGCCUCACACGCAGAGCCUGGAGACCCUGAACCUGGGCCACAACCCCAUUGGGAACGAAGGCGUCCGCAACCUGAAGAACGGGCUGAUCGGGAACCGCUCUAUCCUUCGCCUGGGCUUGGCGUCCACCAAACUGACCUGCGAAGGUGCCGUGGCGGUGGCGGAGUUUAUCGCGGAGAGCCCGCGGCUGCUUCGCCUGGACCUGAGAGAGAAUGAGAUCAAAACAGGCGGCCUCAUGGCGUUGUCGCUGGCUCUGAAGGUCAACCACUCGCUGCUGCGCCUCGACUUGGACAGGGAGCCCAAGAAGGAGUCGGUUAAAAGUUUCAUUGAAACGCAGAAGGCUCUGCUGGCCGAGAUCCAGAACGGCUGCAAGCGCAACUUCAUCCUGGCCAAAGAGAAGGAGGAGAAGGAACAGAAGCUGCAGCAGUCGGCCUCGAUGCCAGAGAUCACCGUGACAGAGCCUUUGGAGGAGGGUCCAGCAGAGGACGGCCAAGACAGCAGCGCUGCCUCCGCUCCGGAAGAGGGGGAAGAAGCCGGGGAGACCCUGACGGCUUUGGAAAACAGGGACACGGAGUCGGCAGAGGAUGACGACAGAGGCAACAUGAUGGACUCCGAUUCGGACACGGACGAGGAGGCGGACGCUGGGUUAGAGACGAAGGACUUGAGUGAAUUGCCGACAGGCGCCGACACCGCUGCUGCGCCCCAGCCGCUGCUGUCCCCAGAGAAGUCGAGAGACCGGCCGCCCCCCCUGCACAUCACCGAGGAGUCGCAGCGCGACGCCGGCGCAGGGAUUCCUGCUGCCUCUCCAGCCUCUGCACCCUCCCAGGGAAACGAGAGAAGGAUUUCGGUUUCCAGCCCCGGCCGAGGCCAUAAAAUCUUUGUGGUGACGCGAGUGGAGAGCCUGCCGGAGCGAGCCGCCUGUGCCGCACGCCCACGGGAGGACGCCGAUGCCACCGUGAAACCCGCUGAGCCCCAGAGCCCGGUUCCGAGCGUAAAACCCGAACUCCCGGUGCUCCAGGCAAAUGGAGCGGUUCCCGAACCCGCGGCUGGCUCGGCACCGGCAGCGCCAAGCACCAGCUCUGACCACUUGGCCUGUGAGAGCGUGGCCCACAGCACUCCCCUCCCCAACGGGCUGAAGACGGAUUUUGCACGAGCGCUGCCGGAGGCGUCCUCAGAUGGCAACGGGAAGAUGGGCAGCUGCGCCGCCGAGCACGAGCUGAGCUGCUCCAAGAACGAGCAGGAGCUGGAGGAGCUACUCCUCGAGGCCAGCCAGGACGCGGGGCAGGAGCCACUGUGAGCGCAGGUCCUCGGGGCCGCUCGGCAUCGAGGGGAGGCUCUCAGCUUUAUUCUCUUCCCACUCCACACAACAAUUAAGAAACCAAUCUCGGGCUUCAGGACAAAGGGUUAUUUUAAAAUUUUUUGUUCCCCAAACAGUUUCCUGCCCCCCGGACUCUUCCCCAGGCACCCGACUCGCCUCUCCUGCACAGAGGGACCCUGCCGCGUCCCCGGGGCCGCGGAGGGAAGGGAAGGAGAGCAGAGAAAACCGACCCAGAUGGGGGCGUCCCGGCUCCGAGCCGUCCCUGCCCUUGCUGGACACUACCUGAUACCUUCGCCUUUUCUUUUUUUAGGGUUUGGUUUUUCCCCACCCCCCCCCAUCCUUUCUCCGAGGAGGAGAUCCCGCGCUGAGGCGAAGGCGGUCCCACUGCAAAAUUAAAACCACACACACUACAGGGACCGAGGCGCCGGCGGCACAUGCCGGGAGAAGGAUGGAGAGCUGCUGUCUUUCCCGCAGGGGAGCGUCUGUCACUAAAGAUACCCAGGACAGGCUGCAUCUGCAGCCACAAUGGUUAUUUAUUUUAAAGUUCCUUUUGUUUGUUUGUUUGUUUUUUUUCGAUAUAUAUUUAUCAUCAGCUUCAAAUUUUCUGGGUGGGGAUGUAGAGGAUGGUGUUAGAAUUAAUUAAUUCCUUCGGGGCUAACCUGCAACUGAACUCCUGCUCCUGGGCUGCUGGAAGAAGAUAAACAAACCCAGAAACACAAAAAGCAGCAGCGGUGGAGCCCUGCACCGUACGAAUCCCGCCAGGGGCUGCGGCUUCCCUAGGGGCCGGGGCUGGGAGAGGGGCUGCCGGGCCCCCCCAAGCCGCUUCCUCGCAGCCGGCCGUGCCGGCACGGCGUCUUCCCGGCGAGGUGGGGAAACACCCUUGGGUCGGGGUGGCGGGGAUUUGUCGCCGUGGCAAGAGCCGGCUGCGGGCCGGAUGCCGCCACGACCCUCAGCGUCCUCUUCAUCAUGGGGAAAACCGGCUGGCGAGGGGCUUCCGCAGCCCCCGGCGUUGGGUGGGCGUCCGCUGGCGGUGACACCCGGGGGUCCCCCCUCACCUCCCUGCGCUCCCUGGGGACGGUCGAGCCCCUCCGGGCCUGGCGGCCACUUUACUCAGGAAGGGUGGGUUUUUUGGGGGGGAAGGGGGGGUCCUGCCCCAGCGUCACCGGGGAGGGGAGAGGACGCGUCGCUUUUCUUUCUUAAGUGCAAUAAAUCUAUCAGGGAGCUGCGGGCGCGGGGCUGGGGGGGCUGCGGCGCUGACACUACGGCCGGGGGCCGGCGGCCAUCGAUCUGCUGGUGUUCGUCAUUUCUUUCUGUCGUGUAUUUUUGUUAACACUGUUUUCUAUUAAACGAGAUCUGCAUUCGU